UGUCCCACUGACCACACAUUGUCUGGAUGGGUUGGCACGGGACUAUAACAGCUCACAUGGGUAGAACUUAAAAGGGAUAUGGACAGGGCGAGAAGGCAUGCUCACAGAAAAGGGAAAGCAGAACCAUAGAAACGACAUCAUGAAGCUCCAGACUACCCUUCUGUUGAUCUGUCUGUUCAGGACAAGCUUUGCUCUUCCAUUGCAGAUUGGAAUUCUUGCAAGCAACAGCAAUGAGAUUCUAAGACUGAAUGGACUGACUCUCGCAACUCUUGGACAAGCACAGGGGUCUUCAAUAUUACCCCAGUAUGUGCUGCAGCAGCAGCAGCCUGAGGUGCUGCUCACUCCACAGGUGGUGAACUUGAACCCACAAUUGGCUGGUCCUUUCAGUCCCCAGGGACCACAGCUGUUUCUCCCCAACCAGGGCAACCAGCUUACCCCUAUGCUCAUCCCCAAUGGCCAGCAAGAGCAGCUUGGGCCUCCACAGGACCCCAACGCUCCUAAUGUCCCUCAGCAGGCCCAAAACCCUGUUCAGAUGUUUCCGCAUUUCCAGUACCCGUCUUUUGGAUUUCCUCAGUUUCCCAGACAGCAGGGCUUCCCUUACUAUAUGCCUCCUUACGGCUACCCCCAACAGAGGAACACAGUGGUGCUGCAGCCCAACAACGGUCAGCAAACCCUGGAGAGAACCACCCAGAGACCCCAGCUCCCUUUGCAGCAGGCUUCCCAGCCUAAGGUGCAAACAGAGAAAACAUGGCCACUGGGGACACAGAAAGAGUCUACGACAAUUCCUCCUGAUCCUCGCGGUGACACAUCUGGCCCAGGAAUUGAUGAGGGUCAGUCCAACUUCCCUUUCCUGUUUGAGCCAUAGAUUUCACCAGGGAAAUAACAACAAGGUCAUGUGGCAAAAAACAAGAUUCACUCAUUCAUACUGGACUGUAC